AUGGAGAAGAACUUGCGAUUGGAUUUUGGCUUGUCCGUUCUCAUCGGAGAAGGGAAGGUGUACCGGGAUAUAGAUGGGAGUGCUUAUUAUGUUGCAUCUAAAGUAUUACAACAGAGAUAUGGGAAGGAAAGAGAGAUUUGGAGUGCAGGAUUUAUCAGGUAUAUAUUAUUCAGUGGCGUACCUCCAUUUUGGGCGAAGACGGAGAAGGAGAUUUUAGAUGCUAUUAUGCAAGGGGAAAUCGACUUUGAACUCAAGCCAUGGCUAGCUAUUUCAAGCAAUGCCAAGGACCUGGUCUGCAAGAUGCUAACACGGGACUCAAAGAAAAUGAUUACUUCUACUCAGAUUCUAGAACACAUGUGGACAAAAGAAGAUGGAGAAACAUCAAACAAGCCAAUUGAUAGUGCGGUUCUUAAGUAUGAUAUUGAAGCGGUAGAGCACAUAUCCCAAUUCAAUGAAAAAGCCUUGAAGCUGGUAUUGGAUGGACUUGUUGAUUUUGGUGGAGAUAACUCCAACACUAACGUCCUCUUCCUUACUUGGAAUUGUAGGGGUAAAAAAUUUUUUGCUCACUAUCUGUUUGACAUAUUGCCACUUGAAGUGGCAGGGAACACCAAAACUAACACUGAGCGGAGUCGUAGUAAGUCUAUAGGAGAAGUUUAUGUGAUGGUUGUGGGCAAUGCUUUGCUUUUUGCUAGUACGCAAGAUGGAUCUAUAUUGGCAUGGAGGUAUAAUGCAAUUACCAACUGUUUUGAACCAGCUGCAUCACUUAAAGGUCAUACCCUUGGAGUUGUUUCAUUAGUAGUUGGAGCUAAUAAGCUCUAUUCUGGUUUAAUGGACCCUACUAUAACCUUGUGGAAGGCAAUAUAG